UAGAUCGGAAACCGGAAAACAUCAUUGGUUAUAUUUAAUGAGGCCAAAUGGACUCUGCACUAACUAAAAAUGAAGACCACUCUUUUGCAAACAACGUGUCCAUUAUCUCAUCUGACCUCUUCACAAUACCAUGCUCAUUAUUUCUCUCUCUUCUCCUCUGGACAACAAGGUUUAAAAUGCAGCGUUUUUAAAAAAUCAGAGCAACGGCAUUUGAAGUUGGCUGUCAAUCACGAAAGAAUUUCCACUGGACGAAAUUAUCAUGAUAAAAGUGAUGGUAUUAGAAAGCUUCAUACUCGCAGGGAAGGGCUGCUGUCACUAUCACUCUGCCUGCCGCUGUCGCUUUCAGCUUCGGUUUCCAUCAGUUUGCCUCAACUGGCCAAGGGUGAGGAAAUUAAGCUUGAUCUUGAGAGAUAUAAUGAUAAAAUUGAAGGUUUUACUCUAUUAAUACCUUCUGAUUGGAAGAAGGUUGACAAAGCAGGUGCUACAGUUCUGUUUGAAGACCCUGUUGUUAAGAGCAACAAUAUAGGAGUUGUAGUUAAUCCUAUACGCAUAUCUUCUCUUAAAGAAUUUGGCACUCCUCAGGUUGUUGCUGAAAAACUACUUCAAGCAGAAAAGAAAAAGCCAAGUACAAAUGAUGCACGGCUGAUAAAGGUUGAUCAGAGACCUAUCCAUGGAGAUAUUCCUCUUUAUGAGCUUGAAUAUGCUCUAGACAGCUCAAGAGGGAUAAAGAGAGUUUUGUCUGCUGUUACUAUUGCAUCCAAAAAACUUUAUUUAUUGAACAUUGCCUACUCAGACAGUCCUGAGAAGCCUCUUUUACCCAACACUCGAAUGCUAUUAGAACAAGUGCUUAAUUCUUUUGAUGUAUUAAGUUAAUCUUUGGUUGCUAUAUUAUAUUGUUUCAAAAAAACGAUGUGUUAAGAGUUCUUUUUA